AUGCAGGCGCUAAGACAUUGUCAGGGUCCUAGUGUUGCACUAGCGGCGAGCAUCGGGCUCUGGGGAACACAUCCAGGGCUGAGAACGAGACAAUGUUUGGAAGAACAGCUGGCCAUCCUCCCUUGGUUUCGGAUUCUCUUUGAGCGGGUGUCUUCCAUAGACACUAACACGAUGUCCAAGGUGAAAGCCGCGAGCCGAGGUGCGGGACAACCAGACUCAAAAUCAGAAGUGGUGGCUUGUGAUGUUUGA